CACCUUUAACCAGAGAUCUAUCUUGGAAUUGGCAACGAAAUAAUUGAAGCUAAUGUUUACAUCAACUUGUAAUUCGGAUUUUACGAGUUCACCUUCAAUAAUAAUUAUUAUCACAUAAUUAGUAAUCUGGUAUGCAUCCAUGAAAUAUUACUUGACGAUUGUUUGAAAUGCCAUGUAUAUGUAAACAUACCAUAUCUGAACUUGUUUUGUAAUAAGUAAUAAGCACAGCUAUUAUUAAAAUAUAAGCUGAUAUAUACUGUAAAGUACAAUACUCACAACAGAACCAUUGGGUACAUGUUUUAACAAUUCAUAAUAUGUGCAAACCAAUUUCAUUGAUAGUUAUGUUUGGUGCGUUAGUGCUCAUGAAAGGCAUAGUCACAUAUGAUCCAGAUGACAUUGAACUGAAGAGCGUUAUUCCACCCAAUGGUACCUUUGUAGCAUUUUACCCUCGUGUAUUAAAUGGAAUAUCCAACGGAAAUGUGAGAGCUCCUUUUUCUCAUGGUAGCUUCUUCAAAAACAGGAAUCCUGCAUUAGUAGAUGUUCGCAACGCUGCUGCAUAUGGAUACCGUUUCGAUGGAAAAAGACGUUUCAACUUCCCUUGAACGUUAUACAAGCUGUAAUAUCUCUAUGUUUUGUGUAUUGUUUUUAUUUCAAAUAAAUGAACAAGUAAUUUA